AUGACUAAUGUAGUGGAUCAAACACAUCUGUUUUAUCUCCAUCCAUCAAACUAUCCAGGUAUGACUCUCGUUUCUUCUGUCUUUGAUGGCAAGGCUUAUGGACCAUGGAGAAGAGCAAUAGUGAUAGCACUUUCGGCAAAGAAUAAGUUGGGAUUCAUUGAUGGAUCCUUGUUAGUUCCCAACACUGAUCCUUUGUUUCAAAAAACAUGGGCCAGAUGCAAUGAUAUGGUCCUUUCAUGGCUCCUGAAUUCUCUUUCCAAGGAAAUAGCUGAGAGUAUGUUAUAUUCUCAUACUGCAAAAGAUCUUUGGAAAGACUUGGAAGACAGAUUUGGUGUGACCAAUGGAGCAAAACUGUUUCAGCUACAGAAAGAAUUAAGUGCAGUUAGUCAAGAUAAUUCUAGUGUAUCAACUUAUUUCACAAAAAUGAAGAGUUUGUGGGAUGAGUUAGAUGAACUAAACACUUACUCUUCUUGUAUUUGUGAGUGUGCAUGUGGUGCUAAAAUAAAGAAUACCAAAGCUCAUCAGGACGAAAGAUUGUUACAGUUUUUGAUGGGUUUAAAUGACACUUUUGUUGGGGUCAGAAGUAGUGUUCUGUUGUCGGCUCCUUUGUCUAACAUUGGGCAGGCCUACUCUCUUGUUAUCCAAGAUGAAAAACAAAGGGAAAUACAUGCUACACCUGUUUAUCCAGGUGAUUCAGGAUCUUUCAUAGUUGCUAAUUCAGGAGAAAGGAAGUACCCCAACCUCAAGGAACAAAAAGGAGGUAACUCAGGAUAUGAUGGAAAGAAGAGCAAUGUGAUUUGUGACUACUGUAAGAAGCCAGGUCACAGUGUGGAUAAGUGCUACAAGAUCCAUGGUUUUCCUGUUGAUUUUAAAUUCACAGAACCUAGAAAAUUUCAAGGCACAUCGCAGGGAAGUACAACUUUCAACUCAAGUGUUUACAAUCAAAGUGAAGGAUUUACUCAAAGAGACACCAAUGCUCCAGAAGUCCAAGCUCUCAGUCAGGAGAACAUAACACAAAUAUUGCAAAUGCUUCAGCAGAUGAAAUCAAAUCAAAAUGCAGGAGGAUCUGAAGGAGCGGCAAAUCUUAGUCUUUCUGGUAUGCCCAAGUUGUUCAAUUCUUAUGCCUGCUUUAUUGAAAUUGAUAGUAAUUCUUGGAUAUUAGAUACUGGAGCAACUGAGCAUAUGACCUAUAAUAGGGAAUUUCUUUCAAAUGUUAAAGCUCUUCCUAAACCUGUCAUGGUAAACUUGCCUAAUUCCUAUAGAGUCAAGGGCCCUUCUCUGAAGAGCCCUCUGGAGAUUGGAUGGCUCGCUCGUGAGGUGGCGCGGCCGGGGGUGAUGCACCCAGGCCUGCAGACAGAGCCCCAGCUUGGGGUAGACGCCGACCCCGAGCCACCUGCCCCAGCUACACCAGCACUAGUACCGCAGGAUCAGCCUUCAGUGAGGACACCUCAGGUCCAGGUACCACCUGAGGGAGUACAGCCCUUGGCAGCGGAUAGACCUAUGCCGCUUGAGGACCAGAAGAUGCUUGGUGUGUUUCUCAGGUUGACACCACCGAGGUUUUCUGGGGCUGUGGGUGAGGAUGCCCACGAGUUUCUUACUACUUGCCAUGAGAGGCUUCGCACUUUAGGCCUUGUGGAGUCUAGAGGGGCCGACUUCAUUGCUUACCAGCUAGAUGGGCCAGCCAGGCAGUGGUGGCGCACAUUCAUUCAGACCAGGCCAGUUGGAUCUCCACCGGUAUCAUGGGAUGAGUUUUCUGAGGCCUUCUUGGCCAAGUUUAUCCCUCGUAGCGUCAGAGACCGCCUCAGGGAUCAGUUCUGCAGGUUGGAGCAGGGCUCCAUGUCGGUGGCAGAGUACGAGACUAGGUUUCACGAGCUCUCCCGUCAUGCUGAGAUGAUAUUACCUACAGAGGAGGAGAGAUUGACCAUGCUAGUACUAUGGAGCAUCUUCGUCGCGAGGCCCAAGGGGGCAGCGAGAAGAGGGCUAGGCAUGAGGGCAGCUACAGUGACUCACGCCCCAGGUCUAGAGAUUAUCAUGACAGGGCCGGACGACGGUUUCGACAGGGUCAGUCUAGCAGACCUACACAGGCCUCUCUUCAGGCAUCAGAUGGUGGUCGGAGUGAGGCUAGUUCGAGUCAGGGCCGCGAGGUGUUUCAGUCGGGUUCUUCAGGCCAUGGUAGUCGUUCUUCUGGGAGUCGCCCUCGACAGGGUUGCUAUGAGUGUGGUGAGAUGGGUCAUUGGGCCAGGGACUGCCCUCAGCAUAGUCGGAUUGCUCCCGCUCCUCAUGCAGCUCCCCUAGCUUUACCAGCACCUCCAGUUAGAGGCCGUGGUCAGGGUCAGGACCGUAGAGGUGGUCAGCAGGGUAUACGGGGUGGGCAGAGGCAGACAUAGCCACUUCUAUGCAGCUCCAGCGAGGGCGGAGGCUGAGGCGUCAGACGAUGUGAUCACAGGUACUAUUCUUUUAUGCCAGCAGCCCACCUUGGCUUUAUUUGAUCCAGGCUCUACUUUUUCGUACGUUUCUGUUUACUAUGCCUCUCGAUUGAGUAUGAUGUCUGAGCCUCUGGUAGCGCCGUUGCGUGUGUCGACCCCCGUGGGUGAGUCUUUAGUAGUGGAUCAGGUAUUUCGAUCUUGCUUAGUUACUAUCCAGGGGCGUGACACCCGGGCUGACCUUAUAUUGCUUGACAUGGUUGAUUUCGAUGUGAUUCUGGGCAUGGAUUGGUUAUCCCCUUAUCGCGCUAUUUUAGACUGCUUUUCUAAGACCGUUACCUUAGCCAUUCCCGGUAUUCCUCCGGUGGUGUGGCAGGGAUCUCGUGGUAGCACACCAGUUGGGGUUAUCUCUUUUAUUCGUGCUAGGAGGCUAGUGGCUAGCGGAUGCUUAUCAUAUUUGGCCUAUGUACGUGAUGUGAGUAGGGAGGUUCCUCCGGUUGAGUCAGUUCCUGUUGUUCGUGACUUCAUAGAUGUGUUUCCUACUAAUCUACCUGGCCUACCCCCAGAGCGUGAUAUUGAUUUCCCGAUUGAGCUUGAGCCAGUGAAGAAUCGAUAUCCUCUGCCUAGGAUCGAUGACCUAUUUGACCAGCUACAGGGAGCUUCAGUGUUCUCUAAGAUUGAUUUGAGGUCCGGUUACCACCAGUUGAGGAUUAGGGCAGCGGACAUCCCUAAGACUGCAUUUAGGACCCGUUAUGGCCAUUAUGAGUUCUUGGUGAUGUCAUUUGGGUUGACUAAUGCCCCUGCCGCCUUUAUGGACUUGAUGACGCGUGUGUUCAGGCCUUAUCUUGAUUCAUUCGUGAUAGUCUUCAUUAAUGAUAUUUUGAUAUACUCGCGGAGUAGGGCACCUUUGACUCGGUUGACUCGUGUUGAUGUUCCCUUUGUUUGGUCAGAGGAGUGUGAGGCGAGCUUUUUGAGGCUCAAGGAGUUAUUGACCACCGCUCCUAUAUUGACUCUUCCAGUUGAGGGCGAGGGCUUCACGGUAUAUUGUGACGCAUCCGACGUUAGUUUGGGUUGUGUAUUGAUGCAGCAGGGCCGGGUUAUUGCUUAUGCGUCGAGGCAGCUUAAGAUUCAUGAGCGCAACUACCCCACCCAUGACUUAGAGUUGGCGGCCGUAGUUUUCUACAUCAUGAGCCAGAGGGACCUUAAUUCGAGGCAGCGUCGUUGGAUUGAGCUCCUGAAGGACUAUGACCUCUCUAUUCUCUAUCAUCCGGGCAAGGCGAAUGUGGUAGCGGACGCCUUGAGCCGAAAGGCGGUGAGUAUGGGUAGUCUAGCCUUCUUAUCUGUUGAGGAGCGACCCUUGGCUAUGGACAUUCAGUUCUUAGCCAAUAGCAUGGUUCGGUUGGAUAUCUCAGAUUCUAGACGUGUCUUGGCCCAUAUGGGAGUUCAGUCUUCCUUGCUUGAUAGGAUCCGUGGUUGUCAGUUUGAGGAUGAGGCCUUGGUGGCCCUUAGAGAUCGAGUGUUAGCGGGUGAUGGUGGUCAGGCUUCCUUAGAUCCUGAUGGAGUAAAGGCCGAGCAUUUGAGGCCUGGUGGUGUGUUUCAGAGAUUACCCAUUCCGGAGUGGAAGUGGGAGCGUAUCACUAUGGACUUCAUUGUGGGGUUGCCUCGGACUCCUAGAGGUGUUGACAGCAUUUGGGUCAUCGUUGAUCGAUUGACCAAGUCAGCACAUUUCCUUUAUGUUCAGUGUUCAUUUAGCGCCGAGAGGUUGGCUCGUAUCUACAUUCGGGAGGUGGUUCGACUUCAUGGGGUGCCAGUUUCUAUUAUAUCAGAUAGGGGCUCUCAGUUCACGUCCAGCUUUUGGAGGACCUUUCAGGAUGAGUUGGGCACUCGGGUUGACCUUAGCACAGCUUUCCACCCGCAGACGGAUGGCCAGUCGGAGCGUACUAUUCAGGUCCUUGAGGAUAUGUUGCGGGCCUGUGUUAUGGAUUUUGGAGGUCAGUGGGACCAGUUCUUACCUUUGGCGGAGUUUGCGUACAACAACAGCUACCACUCUAGUAUUCAGAUGGCCCCAUUCGAGGCAUUAUAUGGUAGGCGUUGUCGCUCUCCAGUUGGUUGGUUUGAGUCUACAGAGCCUAGGCCGCGUGGUACAGAUUUGCUUCAGGAGGCCCUGGAUCAGGUGAGGGUGAUUCAGGAUAGGCUCAGGACGGCUCAGAGUAGGCACCAGAGUUAUGCGGAUCGGAGGCGCCGGCCUUUGAGAUUCUCUGUUGGUGAUCGGGUAUUCCUCCGUGUGUCGCCCAUGAAGGGCGUGAUGAGGUUUGGGAGGCGGGGCAAGCUUAGCCCCAGGUACAUUGGGCCUUUUGAGAUACUCCGGACAGUUGGGGAGGUUGCUUAUGAGUUGGCCUUACCUCCAGUAUUUUCAGCCAUCCACCCGGUUUUCCAUGUCUCGAUGUUGCGGCGGUAUGUUCCUGAUGAGUCUCAUGUGCUCCAGUAUGAUGCAGUCGAGUUGGAUGAUCGUUUGACAUUUGUAGAGGAGCCAGUUGCCAUUCUAGCCCGAGAUGUGAGGAGAUUGCGCUCGAGAGCCAUUCCUGUUGUUAAGGUCCGUUGGAGGCAUCGUCCAGUCGAGGAGGCUACCUGGGAGAUCGAGCAGGAGAUGCGAGAGCAGUUUCCCAGCUUGUUUGAGCCUUCAGAUCUUUUUUUUGAUGUCUUCUUAUUACCUGCGGAUGAUCUUGUCUCUUCAAAUUAUCCCAUCAUACAAUCUACACCUUCUCCAACUAUAGCUCAUGAUUCUUCGCCUCAACCAGAGCCUACUUCACAUAUUCCCUCUAUUAGCUCUUCACAACCUACUAUGGUUGAUGUCAUAAGGCAAUCCAAUAGACCACAUAGGACACCUUCCUACCUACAGGAUUACAUCUGCAAUGCUCUGCAGUUGACUGAUGUCCACAAUUCUUGUUUUCUUCCAUCCGUCACACCUGAGUCUUUUCCCUUUAGUGGUCUGUCCUCUACCAACCAAAAUAUGCUUAACUCUUUAUCUAAUAUUCAAGAACCUAUUAGUUUUUCACAGGUUGUUCAUCAUCCUGGGUGGCAGGCAGCUAUGGAAUCGAAAAUUCAGGCUCUAGAAUCAAACAAAACAUGGGAUGUAGUAGAACUACCCCCCGAUCGGAAAGUUCUACCGUGUAAGUGGGUUUACAAGGUUAAGCAGCACUCUGAUGGCAGUAUUGAGAGACUGAAAGCUCGAUUGGUAAUACGAGGUGAUAUACAAAGAAAGGGAAUCGACUUUAAUGAGACCUUCUCUCCGGUGGUGAAAAUGACUACCAUCAGAUGCAUUUUCGCUACAGCAGUAAAGAAGGGUUGGGGCCUCUAUCAAUUGGACGUGAAUAAUGUUUUUUUACAUGGAGACUUAGAUGAGGAAGUCUACAUGAAAUUUCCAGCAGGCAUCACUCAUCUUUCGCCUAAACACGUAUGUAAGUUGAAUAGGUCGCUCUAUGGACUUCGUCAAGCAUUGAGACAGUGGUAUGCUAAACUCACAUCUGCCUUAAACUUUAAAGGAUUCAUGCAUUCACUAAAUGAUUAUUCUCUUUUUGUAAAGAAAUCGGACUCUUCCAUUUCGAUUGUGGCUAUAUACGUUCAUGAUAUCGUUUUAACAGGGAAUAAUCAGGCAGAACUACAUGUUUUGAAGAUCUUUCUUGAUCAAGAAUUCAAAAUAAAAGAUUUGGGAAACUUACAUUUUUUUCUUGGAAUGGAAGUACUUCGUGAAUCACAUGGUUUGAUACUCUGCCAGAGAAAAUUCACCCUCGACUUGCUCAAGGAGUUUGAUAUUCUAGACCUAUCUCAUGUGUCUUCUCCUUUAGACCCAACUGUCAAACUAGUUGCUCAAGAAUGCGAUCAAAUUGAUGAUCCUACUUUGUAUCGACAACUUUUGGGCAAGCUAAACUACCUCACACAUACUAGAUCAGAUCUCUCAUUUACCGUACAACACUUGAGUCAGUACAUGCAGGACCCCAGGAAACCUCAUCUCAAUGUUGCUCUUAGAGUCCUUCGCUACCUUUUGAAAGACCCUGGACUUAGCCUUUUCCUGUCACCUUCUUCUUCAUUUGAACUACGAGCCUUCUGCGAUUCUGAUCGGGGAACAUGCCCUGAUACUCGCCGAUCUGUCAGCGGUUUCUACAUUUCACUAGGGACUUCUCUUAUUUCUUGGAAAUCAAAGAAGCAGACAUCCAUUUAUCUUAGCUCCGCUGAGGCAGAGUAUAGGUCCAUGAGACGGGUAGUUGUCGAACUCACUUGGCUUGUUCGCCCCUUUGACGAUAUCUACAUCCCUAUUUCAUUCCCCAUUCCACUACAAUCUGAUAGCCAGGCGGCAAUUCAUAUAGUAAAAAAUCCUGUCUUCCACGAACGUACAAAACAUGUUGAAAUUGAUUGUCAUUUUGUUCGCCAACAGUUCCUCGCAAGACUCAUUUCACUUUCUCACAUUCGAUCUUCAUCCCAACCAGCUGAUUUGUUCACUAAAUCAUUGCAUGGACCUCUGCAUCACACCUUAUUGGGCAAGUUGGGUGUAUUCUCAUCUCCUCCAACUUGA